AUGCUGAUCAUGCUGGUUAUCGUGGCACCUGUGGCUCUGCUGCUCAUGGCCUCUUCAGCAGCGGCAACGCCUAUCAUGGGCUACGCCCUUGCUCCACGAUAUGCAAAGGGUGAGCAAGUUAACGAUGAACGUGUCUGCUCUAUCGCAGACUCUCACAACUACAAGGUCGUGUGCUACUACGGCUCGUGGGCGGUGUACCGUCCGGGAGACGGCAAGUACCCCGUGGAGAACAUCGACCCGCACCUCUGCACCCAUCUGGUGUACGGAUUCGCGGGCCUAGGCAGCGACCACAAGAUUCGCAGCCUGGACUCUUGGAACGACCUCGAGGACAACUACGGCAAAGGAGCUUUCAAGAGGUUCACAGCCCUGAAGAAGCAGAACCCGAAGUUGAAGACCUUGAUCGCCAUCGGCGGCUGGAAUGAAGGGUCGGUCAAGUACUCGGCCAUGGCCAUGGCCCGGUCGAGCCGCAAGAUCUUCGUGGACAGCGUGGUAGACUUCUGCAAGAAGUACGGCUUCGAUGGCCUCGACAUGGACUGGGAGUACCCGGGCUCCAGGGGAGGUGUCGAUGCCGACAAGGCCAACUUCGUCGAGCUGCUAAAGGAGCUGAGUCAAGAGUUCAAGCCGUACGGGCUACUGCUCACGGCAGCUGUGGCGGCAGGAAAACAUUUCAUGGACAAGGCGUACGACGUGCCUCAGGUGUCAAGGUACCUGGAUCUCAUUCACGUGAUGGCGUACGACUUCCACGGGGGUUGGGAGAAGAAGACGGGUCACCACGCUCCUCUGUACUCUCGACCCGAAGAGCCGGCAGACGAAUACAUCCUCAACCUGAACUUCUCGGUGAACUACUGGAUCUCCCAAGGAGCUGCUCGAGAGAAGAUGGUGUUGGGCAUGGGCCUGUACGGGCGGGCCUUUACGCUGCAGAGAGCAGAGGACCAUUACCCCGGAGCCCCGGCGCCGCAGCCGGGCACGGCUGGACCCUUCACUCGAGAACCGGGCUCUCUCGGAUACAACGAGAUCUGCGAGGCCUUCAAACGGCAGAGCUGGACCGUCGUGAAGGAUCCCUUCUACAUGGCACCCUACGCCUACUACGAUCGACAGUGGGUGGGCUACGAUGACAUGGAAAGCAUCGCUGCCAAGGUGGAGUUCGCCAAGGCCCUGGGGCUCGCCGGCGGCAUGGUCUGGUCCAUAGAAACGGACGACUUCCAGGGAACAUGUCACGGCAUCAAGUACCCCAUGCUAAGCACCAUCAACCAGGCGUUCGCCCUGGGCGGACCGGGAGUCAUCGCCACUCCACCGCCCAUGCCACCGACAGUUCCCACCACCGCGACGCCAGUGACCGAGAAGACCUGGUGGCCGCAGCCGGGCACCAAGGACCCCGUGACACCGUCGGAGGCACCCACGACCCAGAAGGUCUGGUGGCCACAGCCGACCACCAUCCGGGACACCAUGCCGCCUUCCAGAGAGACGCCCACGACCCAGAAGGUCUGGUGGCCCACUGUAACGCCCAAGGACGAGGGGACCUCGACAUUCACGCCGUCUGGGUGGACACCUCAGAGCACGCCGGAGAUCACCACUUCCGUUUGGGUUCCUUCGCCGGACCCCGGCACCGGUACCACGGCGUCCUCAGAGUUCAAGUGCACGCAGAGCGGUACCUUUAGGCAUCCCUCUAACUGCCAGAAGUUCUUCGACUGCGUUCACCAGAACGAGGGCGUCAUGGCGUUUGAGAAGAGCUGCGCUCCCGGAACAGUGUUCAACCCCGCCAACAACCUUUGUGUCUGGCCCGACGACGUUCCUGACUGCAAGGAUCACUACUUGACCCAGGAGAAGACGCGCUUCUUGCAUUUUUACUGAGGGUGGAGGAUGCUUUCGAAGGACUCUAAAUGCUGGCCAAUCACAGGUUAAGAAACUCGGGGCGUGACGAGUCUCAAGCGUCUUAUCAUCGCUCCGCAUCCAAUCAGAUGACGGCAUUAGCCGAUCAGAACUCUGGAGAGCCAAUCGCGAAGCGUCAUCAGACUAAGUCACGCCCUGUAUUGUCAGUGACUAUAUAGUUUAUAAUCUAUGGCAGUCCACGCUUUCGUGAAUUGUCUUCUUCCCCGGUCUUUACCCGUUCGAGUAUGCUAUUUAGUAGAUCGCGAAAUUCAGAAUGGUUAUCGAGAAAUCGGCAAGUGAAAAUGAUGCCAAAACCAAAAUUCAAAUAUAGCCGCGCUUUUCAGUGCGGUCACGUUAGUGGCGGGCAGGCUCGCCAGUCAAA